AUGAAUCCAGCCAAGAUGGGAUCAGAGUAUGUAGCAACGUCUAUGGAAAUGUCCCCUAUCAACGACCAUAUGAAGAUCGAUGAAGGCCCCUUUCAGAUGUUGCCACAUGUCGAUACGACUUCCAAAAGAGAGUCUCCUUUGGGCUUCAUGGCAGACUGUCCUUCACUCGCGUCCAGCUUUUUCUCGUCCGAGUCAUCCAUUGCCGGAUCUCAAGGUCAACGACGUUCAUCGUUAGGUUCUUGCAGCAGUUCGACCUCGCCGGGCAUAUUCUUCACCCCUCCCACGAGAAAUGAGACUCCUAUAACACCCAUCAUGGCAGACUCCGGAAUGAUGACUUACCAUAAAUACAUGAAGCCAUCACCAUACCUCGAAAGCUGUCAAAACAUGUUUCACUUUCAAGAAGAUGAUCAAUAUCCUCAAGAGUAUAUGUGGAUGAGUGGUGCCGGGUCGUCUCCCUGUCUGCCAUAUGUGUCCGGCGUGUCAGACAUGAUGUUGGCUGGACCUGGUCAAUCCCUAUACGAUUCCGCGGGUCAAAUUAUCAGCAACGUUGUUUCGAACCCAUCCUUGACCAAGCCGAUGUUUGACGGUCCUUGCACAAUCUCAAGAGGCCAUGGAGCAGACAAUGACAUGCUGCGAUGGACUGUGAGUCAUACAGCGCCACCCACAGAGACCAUCGAGCCGAGUGUGGCCUUCCAGCACAUGUUGCCCAGCUCCCCGUGCUACAAGCUGGAACCCUCGACCCCAGUGAAAGCACAUGUUCCUUCAUCGGCCAUACUGAGCAGCAGCCCGUUGUCGAUGGUCUCGCCAUCGAUUGUUCCAUCACAGCAUGACAUCGACAUAUGUGCAUAUAGUGAUGUGGAACAGGCUCUGAGAUUCUGUGAGACCAAGAAGCGGCGGACACGUCAUGACCGGCUUGAACGCCGUGAUUAUGAACGUAGACGUCCCCUCGGUGUCUCUAAAUCCAGGUCUAAAUCCACCACAAGCAAGUCAGGCAUGCAUUGUGAUCCGAUCAUUGGCCAGAACCAGUAUGCUUGCGGUUAUCCUGGUUGCGAGAAGAAAUUCAAACGUCAAGAGCACAAGAAGCGACAUGAAAAGAGCGUUCAUGAAAAGCAUGACCAUCCAAUGUACAAGUGUUGGGUGCCUGAAUGUAACACGCUCUUUUCGAGGUCCGACAACCUCAAGAGCCACAUCAGAAACACACAUUCGAAAAAGCCUGGCGUUCGAGGGAAUCGAUAUGUGGCCACUUUAGACAAAAGCAGUGAAUAUUAUGACCCGGACUGGGUCGGCGAGCUUGAUAAGAAUGGGUUCCCGAUCCUGUAG